AAAAAUAUUUCAAUACAGAGCGCACGAUGGAUAACGAUACAGGACCACCUCAGAACCACAUAAACCAGUUAAAUUCUGGUCAAGCAAAUGUGAUGAACAGCUUACCUAAUAAACAACAUGAUGAUAAUCAACGAAUGAACUACACAAUACCGGGAAUAUUACAUUUUAUCCAGCAUGAGUGGGCACGUUUUGAGAUGGAGAGGGCGCAGUGGGAAGUGGAAAGGGCUGAACUGCAGGCUCGCAUUGCUUUCCUACAAGGAGAACGCAAAGGGCAGGAGAACCUGAAGCAUGAUCUGGUGAGGAGAAUCAAGAUGCUGGAAUUUGCACUCAAACAAGAAAGGUCAAAAUACCAGAAGCUCAAGUGUGGACAUGAGCUAAGCCAGGAGAUUAAGCCCCCUGCAUUUGAUGGCUCAGAAGAAGGUGGUGAAGAAGAGUCUGCCCUCUCUCCAAAUAGUCAAAUCAACUUUAAACAAAGCAGGCAACUGCUUAGGCAAUAUUUACAAGAAAUAGGUUAUACAGACACAAUAUUAGAUGUGCGGUCAAAUCGGGUGCGUUCGUUGCUGGGCUUGGCCCCCAACGAGCAGAACAUACCAGGUCUGGAUGGCAACAUGUCCAUAGAACCAGUGGUCAAUGGAGAGAGCCCGGUCAAGCAGGGUCGCCAGGUCGACACGGCAAAAAGACAAGACAAGAAACAUCCGCUGCCCGAGAACGAUCUCGACAGCGUUCUGACCUCCUUCAACUUCUUGGAUGGGGCGGACGAUGAUGAUAAGGAGGGGGGCGAAGGUCGGAUGAUGGUUGAUGAGGAUAUCAUUGAUGGGAGGAACAAAAUGAGUACGAUCAUCAAGAAGAAGAAGCCUGUGGUGGGCAACGAGAGCAUGGCCGGCAUGGAUGAUGUACUGAAUGAUCCCGACACGGAGGAGGCCCUGGCCGAGUUUGAUCUGAUCCUCAGCGAGUCCUCAGAGGGGGCGGGCGAGGCCAGGACGGCCGGCGAUGGGGCGGAUUGGGGACUGGACAAAAAGUCUGACUUGUCUCCGACGGGUGAGGAGUGGGGGGUGGAUGCCAACACCAUCAGUAAGCUCAAAGAGGAGUACAAAAAAUCACGCAAGGACAAGAAAUUUAUCCAACGUCCCAAGAAAACAGCACUACAGGCCAUGUUGGCCAACCUGGGUGGGGAAGAGGAGUCAUCUCCCCCUCUGUCGCACAACGCCAUCCUAGCGCAUUCUCGCGGAACUGACAUCGACAUGCCGGAGGAAGGAGAGGAUAUACAUGGUGGUCUCAGGAUGGGAGGGCGUCGUCCAAUGAUCGGUAUAGGUGAUGAGGAGUCAAUAGAAGCUGCCCUUGGUCUCGGUGAGCUGGCAGGUCUCACUGUCUCCAAUGAGGCUGAUGCGCUUAGCUAUGAUGUAACUGCCAACAAAGAAACCUUCAGGAAAACCUGGAACCCCAAGUACACAUUGCGGAGUCACUUUGAUGGGGUACGGACGCUUGCGUUUCACCCUGUGGAGACGGUCCUCAUCACGGGCUCAGAAGACCACACACUCAAGCUGUGGAAUCUACAGAAGACGGUCCCAGCUAAAAAGGCGGCCUCCCAAGACGUUGAACCCAUAUACACCUUCAGGGGACACUCGGGUCCUGUGCUAAGCCUUGUUGUCAGUAGUAAUGGAGAGCAGUGCUUCAGUGGUGGUACUGAUGCAGCUAUUCGCUGCUGGAAUAUACCUGGCUCUAAUAUUGACCCGUAUGACUCAUACGACUGUGGUGUGCUAGCAGACACCUACGUCGGCCACACCAACACUAUUUGGGGAUUGGCCUUUGACGGCACUAAGAACCAGCUGAUAUCGUGUGCUGCUGACGCCACAGUGCGGUUAUGGUGUCCGCAGAAGAAGUCUCCGCUGCUCAGCACGUACACAGCGGAAACAGCCUACGGUAACCCCACCUCAAUAGACUUUGUACGCUGUGACUCCAGCCAGAUAGCUGUGGGUUAUCAGUCGUCAGAUACCGUCAUAUUUGACUUGGAAACAGGCACACCAGUAGUCACAUUAGAAAGCAAAAUGCCCUCAGAUAAUGAGUUUACACAAAUUAAUAAAUUGGCCAGCCAUCCAACGCUCCCCAUUACUAUCACUGCCCAUGAAGAUCGACACAUCCGAUUCUUUGACAAUAAUUCAGGUAAAUUGGUCCACAGUAUGGUUGCCCAUUUGGAUGCAGUGACCAGUUUAGCAGUGGAUCCCAACGGAUUGUACCUGCUCUCUGGAAGUCACGAUUGCUCGAUUCGUCUUUGGAACCUUGACAGUAAGACUUGCGUCCAGGAGAUCACCUCGCAUCGGAAGAAAUUUGACGAGUCAAUAUACGACGUCGCCUUCCAUCCUUCCAAACCGUACAUUGCUAGCGGAGGUGCGGACGCUCUAGCCAAAGUGUUUGUAUGAUAGAGCCGCCCACUCCGGGGGGAUAAGUUUAAAAAUCAAAUGGGCCUUGAUAAAUCCUUGCAACAUUUGUUUUCCUUUCUUUCUUUUUUUUCAAUGAGGAAUUUUUAGGAAAGGAAACAAAUCACCAUUUACUGCAACAAGAAGUUUGAUCUUUCACAAUAUCAGCUCUCAGUUUUAACAUGCUGUGGGGAGUGUUGCAUACGGUGCAAAUCAAAAUCUGAACUUGUGUACAAAAGUUGUCGGACUGCACUUGAAAACAAAACAAAUGUAACAGUACAACUUUUUGUAUUCAAAACAAAAUGCUGUUUCCAAGCUUUUACCAUUUGUCCGACUAAUGAUGUUUGGCAUAUGUAGUCGAGUACCCUUCGUAAAAAGAUGCGCUUCUUUUUACUAGUAGGAACACCACAAGAAAACAAUGAUAUUUGUUGGUUUUAUGAGGACGCUAGUUAAUGCUCAUCAGUCAAUUUUAGAUAAGUCCUCUCGUCUACUUUCUGAGAAAGUCACCGUAUUUUCAUGAUGGGAUUUAUCUGGGCCUACUUGUAGUCAUUUAUAACGCAAGGGUGAUCUUGCUUAGUGUACAGGCCCCCUUCAACAGGGAGGUAUUGUGUGUUGUAUUAAUAAUGAGUUAACAAAAUAAAUUGAGGAGUGGAGAGGAGGGGGUUUGGGGUUGACGGUCAAGGGAUGGGGGGUGGUAGGAAACUCAGGCCGUGUCUGAAUCGGCUUUGGCUACGGCUAGAUUUCCGCGUCGUCGCGGAUUUCCUCAUGUGUUGAGGUAGAUGACGACCGUAGGAACACCCUUAGAAACAGCUGAGCCGUAGCUGUAGCCGCCAAUUCGGAUACAGGCUAAGGCUUUACAGCUAGGGCUACGGUUAGAUUUCCACGUCAUCAUGAGGUGAGGUAUAGGACGCCCAUAGGAACACCCUUAGCAACAGCCGUAGCCAGAGCUGUAGCCGCCAAUUCGGAUACAAGCUAAGGCUGCUUUACAGCUAGGGCUACGGCUAGAUUUCCGCGUCACCAUGAGGUGAGGUAUAGGACGCCCAUAGGAACACCCUUAGCAACAGCCGUAGCCAGAGCUGUAGCCGCCAAUUCGGAUACAGGCUAAGACUGUGUGCUUUACAGCUAGGGCUACGGCUAUAUUUCCGCAUCAUCAUGAGUUGAGGUAUAUGACGAUCUUAGCAACACCCUUAGUAACAGCCGUAGCCAGAGCUGUAGACAUAGUUUCGGAUACGCCGUAGACAGUGUGCUUGAAGCGUAGCACAUCAUUCUUCAGUUUGAGGGUAGACCACUCAUGAAUACUAGAUGCCUUCUCAUAUAUUCACAAUUGAUGGAUUGUACAUGACGUCAUUGACCACCAUCUUUAAUGUAAAAACAAUAGAAAAGUGCACGUACUGCGCACAACUAUCAGCCGAUGAUAGCCUUUCAUGCGUGCACAUUUCAUCAAAGAUGGCGGCCAGUGCAAGGGGUCUGUGGUGGUCAGAAUUACUGGUCUGCUGCUUCCUGAACGUGUAACCUUCACACCCCAGUGUCAGUGUUGAGAGCAUGUAGUUUUCUUUUGCGCAGACUGGUCUGCAGCCCCACUCUAUUUACUCACAUUUUAAAGGAAUAUGGGGGACGCAAGCAGUCCAAGGUAGUUUUGGCCAGAGUUGGGAGGACACAUUUUGAAAAGCAUCUUCAGGGGAUCCAAAAAGCCCUUGUGUUUUGGGGCUGUAGCUUUAAACUUACUUUUAAAGAUGGCGCCAAUGUGAAAGGUGUGCACAAAUGCGUACUCCCUCGUAACUCAACUCUAUUUCAAAGAAGGGGUAUGAUAUGUUAAUGAAAUAAUUGAGAAUGAUUGACAUGGGUUUGACCCUGAGCUUUGCAUGACAUUUUUAUCUCUUUGGCUUCUUUUGAGUCGUUCGGAAGUCAAAAUACAAAAGAUGGCCGCCAAGAUAAAAUGCUACGAGGAUUCUCAAACAGGAGAGCGUGGGUUGUAAAUACCGUAUAUAAAUUUGUAUGUGUUCUCAAUUGGGCUAGGUCCAAAGUGAAGGAUCAAUAGCUUAGUAUUCACUGUAAUGAAUGUUUCAUUGUAAUAACUGUUACAGUAAAAGUAGACUAUAAACAAACAACAACAAAUAUCACUCAUAUUUUGGCAAGGAAGAGAGAAUCUUCUGUCAAUUUCAGUUAGGUACUUUUUUCUCCAAGCUGAUUCAGGAUUUUAGUGCUUUUAAGGGUAGCUGUGAAGUGUUUGAUAUCACUUCCCCCUGCUCUUUUUUAAUAGUUUGCAUUUUGGGGGGAUUUUCUUUGGUAGGAUUUGGAUGGGAUGGGCUUAAAAUUGAUUUUGAAACACAACCUUGUUGUGAUUCUCACAGGUUUUUUGUUUGCAACCAAGUUCUCUAUAAUUUUCUGCAUUUUGUUUUUGUUCUCAGCAAACAGCGGUAAAUAUCUGUCCCCAAAUAUAUCAGAGAACCUUAAGGUAAAUAUCCCCCUCCCCAGGACCCUUGGAUGGGUAAACCUCUCCUAGUUUGAUCCCUUCCACUACCCUGCCCCCAUGUACUUGAAACCAUCAUCAUUCUCAUUAAAUGAGUAACCACUAUAGAGAACAUGACCCGAUUUCAUGGCUAUGCUUACCGUAAGCAAAGAAUUUGCGCUUACGGAAGCAGGGGUUUCCACCCUUACCUCAAGCAUAUUUCAUGGGGAAUAUUGGCUUUGGGCGCAAGCGUACUCCACAUUACUAGGCAUUCUACGCUUACACAGCUAGCGCAGAAAUUUAGCGCUUGCCCUGCAAGCGGGGAAUGUUGGUUGUACAUGUAAGUGCAGAAUCUGGCGGUAGGCAGAACAAUUAAUUAGGCCCAUUUCAAUGGACCGUUCCGGCUUUCCACUAAGCUCCGCCCACCGCACACGUGAGCAAGACACGUGUACGAGCACUCCAAA